AGCCCUAUAGAUGUUAUAGGCCCAAUGUAUAAUCUAGAAAAAAAGCCUAUUAUGUCAUGCAGUGUAGUUCAGUGCGCCAUCGUUUGAUGAUUAACCCAGUCAACUCAACUCCCCCUGAUUCCGGACUGUUUCGCAACCAGGGCUUGUGUCCAAAAAUGGCAUACUGUUCCCUACAUAGUGCACUACUUUCUACCAGAUCCCUAUGGGCCCAGCUCAAAAUAGUGCACUAGAUAGGGAAUAGGGUGCAGUUUGGGACGAAAGAGAUCCGUUGAGCAGCGGAGCGCCCGCCUGGCUGGCAGACUGUCUGUUUCUAUCAGUUGUGUUCAGAUUAUCGCCGUCAGUCAGCAUGGCCCUUCUCUCCACUCUCACGCCGGUGUUCGUGGCUGUUUUAUGCGUGAUCCUAGUUUUUCUGUUCAAAAGCUCUCAGAAGAAGGAGAACAAGGCAGUGAAACCCGAGCGGAAGCCCGAGGCCGAGGCCCGACCGUGGGUGGACGAGGAUCUUCAGGACGACACAGAGAUCCGACACAAAGAUGAAGAGGAUGGUGAUUGGGUGGAGAGUGGUGGGGAGGAGGAGCUGGCCCACGUGCCCUACCCAGCUUCUCGGUACCCCGUAGAGGUCAUGGUUCAGAGGUCACAGGACUUCUUCAGUCUGAUGAACCAGAGGAGGUCUGUCCGAUUCAUCAGCCCCGAGCCCGUUCCACGACAGGUCAUCGACAACGUCAUCCGCACUGCAGGCACAGCCCCCAGUGGAGCCCACACAGAACCCUGGACGUUUGUGGUGGUGUCAGACCCAGAGGUGAAGCACCAGAUCAGGCUAGUGGUGGAGGAGGAGGAGGAAGUCAACUACCGCCAGAGGAUGGGGGACAAGUGGGUCAGUGACCUGCAGAGGCUCAGGACUAACUGGGUGAAGCAGUAUCUUGAUGUGGCUCCCUACCUCGUGUUGAUAUUUAAACAGACGUACGGCAUCGUCGCUGGAGGACAGAAGAGGACUCAUUACUACAAUGAGAUCAGUGUGUCCAUCUCCUGUGGCCUGCUAUUGGCCGCGCUGCAGAAUGCAGGUCUGGUGACGGUGACGACGACGCCCCUCAACUGCGGCCCCCAGCUCAGGCUGCUCCUCGGUCGGCCAGCCAAUGAGAAGCUGCUGAUGCUACUUCCUGUUGGUUACCCCGCCCCCGACGCCACCGUGCCCGACCUCACCCGCAAGCCACUCGACGACAUCAUGGUACACCUGUGACAUCAUCAUAAAGGGCCCGGCAGAGUGACAUCCUAGAUGUAGGGGUGCCUUCUGUCCUCGUCUCCUCCCAGUCAUCUGCAAUGAUUUGUAAAGCAGCAACAGUCAUUAAAAUGUUUACUAUUCUAAUAAAUGCAACAGUUGGACAA